UUGAGCCCCGCGCGCGGGCGACGUGUGUUCGGGACGACGCGACAGCGUCCAGACGCCGUCGUCGUUGCCGCCGCCGUCGACAGACGGCGCCACCAGCAACUCCCCGCCUCCCCCCGUUGCAGCAGGGAUUCCAAAUGCCGGGAUGACGUAACAGCAGACAUACAGCAGCCUUAAACCAACGUACGUCCCAGGUUUGCCAACACAAUUUUCCAUUCACUACCGAAUAUUUGAGAUGUAUCUAUAGUCAAAGACUAAUUAUUGCCAUAGUGAAUAUUAAUUACGGUACGGUACGGCAUUGGUGGCUUGUUACUUUGUCGGCUUGCCAUUCGUGAGGAUUCGGCUGUGUUCGGGCGUGUCCGUCGCUCAUGCCUACCAUUGUGGUCCUGUGUCGGUGGUCGUCUCUCGGGGCGUGCGCAUCUCUCUCGCGGGCUGUUGGCUGGGAGUUCCCUGCGACCUAUUGGGUAACCGAAGGCUGGCAGUGCGUGUUGGUUUUGUGUGCGUGCUGGGGGCGGCCUAGCAGCGCCAUCUGCUACCGACCGCGUCCCGCGGGUGGCGGAUACGGGAGCCCAGCCCGAGAGUUGCAAUCUCGCUGGGGUGGCUGUGAAUAACCAAUAGCAGUCCGCGGACCAAUGGCCGGCCUGUGGAGUCGUUAUCACGGCUGUCGGGGAGAAAGGUAGCCUGAAUGUAGCUCGGCGCGCGGCAGAAAGCAGCUUCGUCGGCGAAGGCACCGCAGGGGAGCUCGAUGUGCCUUAGUAGCGAAGUGUAGACGAACUGCGGGCUGGAACUUGCGGAACUGUGGACUGCCGCGCGCGCAACGGAACUGAACAGCGUCGGAAUUCUGAAGGAAGAGAUGGCGGCGCCUUCAAGUUGGGGCCCUGUUGGAGCCAGUGGUAGCCUGGGCGGCGCGACCUUCAACCGACCCGGGAAUUUGGGGGGCAAGAGGGUCCGACUCGCAAGAUACUUCAUUCGCCUGAACGACUUACCCCCACCCUGGCUUGAAAGGUCGUUGGCUGUUGACUGGAAGAAGGAAGAUGAAGAUGGCGCAAUGUCAGGCUGCCUUUCGCUCCGAGAGCCAGCAGUUCGAGCCGGUUUACUGGCUCGUCUGCCCACUUCUGUUUUAACUGUGGCUGCCUGGGCAGCUGUGGCUGGGCUGACGAGUGAAGUCGCCCGCCCCUGGGGGUGCUUGCGCCCCUGGUUAAUAAUAACCCAGGAGUUCCCAACCUUUAAAUGCGGGCCGCAAGGCCCAAGCACCCAACUCCAGCAUGGUUGAUUUUUCAGCCCCUCCAACUCUUCUUACCUGGACCCUUCUUCCUCUUGUCCAGUAGUUACCUGCUUGCUUAAUGCAUGUUAAUUGAUCCCCGCAUGAACCGGCCCAGGGUUUUCCCUGUGUCUAUGCAGGUUUUACCUGGGUCACAUUAGCUAGCUUUUAAGCUAGGCGACCAAUGGGGCGUCAGUCAUGGCGCCAAUUGCAGCCAUGGCUGGCCAGUAAACCCCAAUAGCACACGAUGCACGCGCCCUUGUCCUGCAUGGUUAAAAACCCGCAUGGUAGAGUGUAUAGGCUUCGGCCUGAGACACACUUAGGUCCUCCCCUAACCUGGACCCUCCCCUACACACUUAGAAUUAACUUAGGCUAGGAAAAAAAAAAAAAAAAAAAAAAAUUGUGGUCCUGUCGAGUUCGCUUCGAGCCUUGGCCGAGGACGGACGCGUCAAGCGGAGCUGCGAGAUUCCAGGAACAGCCUGUUUGCUCGCACACAGGCCAGGUGGUAUUCCCAGGUUUUUUUCUAAGAAGUGUAAGCGUGCAAAACAACCCGGGUUGUAGCUAACCCUACAGCCUAGCCACAACCCGGCUUAAUACCGGGUGCGUGGUCAGUGGGUGUUAGUGCGUUGUAGGGUGUAACUAGCGACAUGACUGACCAGUUAAGUGACGAGCAGGUGAUGCAGGAGUGCAUCGAUGUGCCCCUGCCGAGCGACGACGAACAAGAAAUGUCUAGCGACGACGGCUUUACAACAGUCGUCUCAAAAAAACAAAAAACGGGAGGAAAGGACGAAAGACUGCGCCCCCCACUGACGAACCCUGCGAUCGCAAGGCAGCAGGCCGAGCGACUUCGCAAGCAGCCCGUCAGAAGGGCAAACAACUCGGCCAGUCAAACGGCCGCCAACACGUCCGCAGGUUCGAGCCCUGCCCCGCCAAACCCUGCCCCUCAGGCAAAGAAAAUGCAGGUGAAACCCCUGUAUGUAUUUGUUGAUUCUGGCCACAGCUACCCGGCCAUUAAAAGAGUGCUGGAUGCAGCACUGCAGGAGCGCUGGUCGUGCGUCAGUCGCGGCCAUGACCAGCUCAUGAUUCACACUGCCACCGUGGAGGAGUACCACAGGGCAGUGCGUGCACUGGAGCAGGCCGGAGUGCAACACUCUGUGCUGCUGCAACGGGACGAGAUCCCGAAAAAGUUUGUGUUUUGUCGAGUGCAUAGCAGCACCGACAAACAAUUCAUUCAGGCCGAGUUCGCCGCAAUGGGUCUUCCAGUGCAGAACUUCUGGUUUCUGUACAACAGGCAGACAAGAGCGCAGCAGCAACAGUGGCAGUGCGGGCACUCGCCAGUGGCGCUUUCUAACGGCGAGAGCGCGAAACACAACGCGAAGCAGCGCUCGCGACGGCGGAGCCGGGAACCACAGUGUUGUCGAGAGCCCCCGGCAGAGCGCAGCAGCAACAGUGGCAGUGCGGGCACUCGUUCCCGAGCGCCAGCGGCAGUCACCGGCGUGCCUUGGGCUUAG